UGGAGCUGCGCAGCUAAUUGAGCAGAGGGCAUGAGCACACAUUGACCCAACCCUAGAAACGACGAAACGUUAGAAAGUGACGCGAUAUGCAAUGCUCGACACUAUUACCGCUACUUUUAUUGAUAUUCUCAAAUUGGAAAGGAGAAGCUUCAUCGUCGCCGAGAACUUUAAAAUUAUGUUUAUAUUUGAAAGCAAUUAGAAGAAGUACUGCAGAGUGUGAUCAAGUCACUUUAGACAAUUUAACGAGUGUAGAAGAAAAUCAACCAAACUCAACAAUGUCGCCUCUUGCAAAGAUAAUUGCUAACAUUGAAAAAAGGAAUGAAAAAGUGAAAAUGACUAAGAAAUUCAAAAAGUUUGGAGUUCCGCUUCCAAUGUGCUCAUCGAACCUUGAAAGUGGAUAUAAGCAAUGUCGAAUGGACAUCACAUGUUCUUCUGGGUACAGUUGUGAGAACAAUAGUAAAACGAGAUGCUGUAUGGAAGCAAAUCAUUCACCGGAAAUUGAGCGAAAAACUGAAGAAUUCAAGACAUGCCCGUCUCAACUUCAAAUGGCAUACUUCUGCCAGAAAACUUCCACAGCCAGGAAAACAGUGAAGCCGUGUAAAACAGAUCAAGACUGCAUGUUCUCAAAUGUGCAAAAAUGUUGUGACGCUGGUUGUGGUUUUAACGUAUGCGUCGUGGCAAGUGGAAAUUACACACAAAAUACUCUCAUCUUCCUUGGCAGUAAAUAAUGAUCUCAAACUUUGACUGCGUGCCUAAACUUUUUUAGAUUCAAUCUCCUACGUGUCUGUAAAUGUAUUUCUUGUAGAAAAACUGUAAAAUGAAGAUUGUAUUCUUU